GUUGAAUAAUUUUAGUGAGAAAAUUAAAGCCCUAUUGGCGUUUUCCUUUGGUCGACAAUCGACAAUCCCCACCCAGCAGCUAACUUAUUGUUUUUAUUUUUGUUCUUCAGUCUGAAAAUCAGUGAGAGAUUGAAGAGAUGGCCUUUUUCCUUGGACAAAGUAGCCUUGUGAACCACUUCCGAUCUUAUCAGCAGAAGACACAGGCUUCCAUGGCUGUGCCAACACGAGCAUUUCAUGUUGAACUUGGGGAUCGUGAGAAAGCUCUCUUGGCAAAGGACCCUUCGUUAAGUCGUUUUAAAUCUUAUAAGAAGAGUGUGUCGACACUGAAGAGAAUUGGGGAUGUUCUUACAGUUGUUGUUGUAGCAGGUUGUUGCUAUGAAAUUUAUGUCAAGGCAGUAAUGCGAGAAGAAGCUAGGAACAAGGCAAAGGCUGGUGGUGGAAGUAAAUGAGGCUGUGCAAGCUUUGGCCUGUGUGUGGAAACGAAAAAGUGGAUGUCAGCAUUUCAUCUUGUUUUUGGCAAUGCUGUUUUAGAUUUUAAAGAUUUUGUCUAGUGAUAAAUAAGCAAAACUGACGUGUUAUGACAUUGUUGAAGACCCUAGUCUGCAAAUUUCCAUCAUGUUCUCAUCAUAUGAAUUCUGUCAUAAAAAAAAAUGAUGAUUCCAAUAA